GAUACUACCCCCCUAGUCCUAGAUGAAUCAACACGCACCCUCUACAACCGCGCCAUCUCCAACCCCUCCUCACUAACCGAUCAAGAACGUCGACUCAUCACCUACCGCCCCCCACCAGACGAGGAAGACACCCUCUGUCGAAAUGCCUGCGGCUUGUCCAUGGGCGAACUAAUUACCAAAGCCAUCAAUGGCCGCAGCAACACCGGCGAUGACAUCCCACUUAGCAGCCUCGGUCUAAGCCAUAAAGAAGCCAGUCGUUUAACGACCGGCGUAAUCGAGGGACAAUCGGGCCGUAUCCUGUCCGAGGUGGCACGCCUUUCUUCCGAAGACCGGGACCUCAAGGCUCGAGCUAUAGUAGCGGCGAGGACAGACGAUAUUCGGGCUGCUAUUGAGGUGGCGCAGAGGGUUCUGCAGCGAUGGCGAAAGGUGGAAUUGGCGGCGGCCAACGCGCUGAACGAUGAUGACAUUAGGAAUAUUCUGUUUGCCUUGAAGAUCCCCUGGCAGGAGCAUGUACUGCAAUCCAGUUCAGCUUCGGCGCGUGAUUCUGCUCCUGUUUCUGGAUCUGGCCCGGGUGGUCAGGGACCUGGUGAAGAAGGUGGUCGCUUUGGUCUUGUGGUAUUUUACCCGAAAGAAGAGGAAGAAGAGGACGGAGGGCGCCUUCCAGGAUAUAAAUCCCUAAUCGGAACGGCUGUUUACCAUGGACUACACUAUUCAGCGAGGUUGAUUAAGGAUGAGACGAGAGACCGGUUCGCAUUGCACUGGGUGGCUGUUCCAGGUAAUACUAGUAAUAACAGUAUGGACCCGAGUGCAUUACGGAGGAGGUUCGGCACAAUGCUCCCAAAUGGUGAGGUCCCUGCUGGCUUUCGGCGCGAUGCUUUUCUAUAUCUGGAUGACGAGGCUUUCCGCUCGCGUGAAACGACACGGUCGUAUUUCUGGUUAGCUGAGCCUGAACCCCUGUUUGAGACAAAGACAGAGCACGAGACAAACCCAAAAUCGGAUACUGGAACUGGGACUGGAGCUGCGACUGGAGCUCAGCCUGAGGCUUUACAACCCCUUAAAGUCGACAUCAAGCAUAUCGCCCCGACUUUGUUUGCGCGAUUGGUCCAGCGCGAUCUCCAGGGCGAGGUGAGACGAAAGCCCUAUCGAUAUACCUCGGAGCUGACCAGGUUGCAUGCGGCCGUCAAUGCGAAAUAUAGAGAGGAUAGAGAUGGGAUUUGGCCGCCACCUGCUCGAUUCCAGUAG